AUGGAGCGGAAACAUCCUCCACUCCGUCGAGUCUCACGAGUGAUGCCGACGGCGGGAGCUCCUUUGGGAAAAGGAGGUCGACGAGCCGAUCUAAACGAAGAAGACAGUUGCUACAGCUCUUGCUCUGAAGAGUCGCAUCCGUCACUCUCGCGAGAGAGUUCCGACACCAUCUGCUCAGACUUCGGCUUUGGACGGCUGCAGUUAGAUGACGAUACUCCAGAAGCAGUCACACCGUUGUCGGCGCCUCCUCACCUAGUCGAAUUCGCCAGGAAUCUCGGCUAUUCUGAGGACCGUUUAAUUUCCGUGCUCAGGAGAGUUGGCUGCGAUGCGGGACAGGACAGGAUACUGUCGGAGCUGGUUCAGAUGGGACGAGAAAAUGGUGGAAUACAGCAGGAAGCGAAUGCUACCACAACGACUUCUUUCUUGGCACUCGACCGAGUCGUCAUUGACGGAUCCGAACAUUGCCAUGACCGUCGAGAUUUGGCUGACUAA